AUGGCCUCCCGACUGGCUCGUGCCGGGGGCAUGCCCCUGCGUCCCUCGGCCUCCCCUCUCGGCUUCGUGGCCCGCUCCCGGUGCUUCUACCAGACGUCGAGCCUUCCCGGCAAGGUCGACGCGGCCAAGGCCAAGGCGGAGAGCGAGCGUCCGUACUCGAGGAAGCCGCAGUACGGCGAGAUGAAGCGGCUUCGUGCCCAGUGCAAGGAGCCCUGGAAGGACUUCACCGCUCGGCAUAUCGGUCCCCGUGAGGACGACAUCGUCGACAUGCUCAAGGCCCUCGGUCCCGGCGCCGAAACGCUCGACUCGUUCGUGUCCCAGGUCAUCCCCGCCGACAUCAUGCUGCCGCCGCAGAAAAAGGUGCAGCCCAAGGCGCUGUCCGAGACCGAGGUUCGUCGCGUCUUCAAGGCCAUGGAGCGAAGCAACAAGGUCCGCGUCUGGAUGAACGGCGGUGGCUACUACCCCGUGGAGACGCCCGCCGUCAUCAAGCGAAACAUACUCGAGAACCCGGCGUGGUACACGAGCUACACGCCCUACCAGGCCGAGAUCAGCCAGGGUCGCCUGCAGUCGCUGCUCAACUUCCAAACCAUGGUCUCGGACCUCACCGGUCUCCCCGUCGCCAACGCGAGCCUGCUCGACGAGGGCACCGCCGCCGCCGAGGCCAUGACCAUGUCGCUCAACAACCUGUCCACGUCGCGGGCGAAGCGACCGGGCAAGACGUACGUCGUCUCGAGCCUCGUCCACCACAACACCUUCCGCGUCAUGCACGGCCGCGCCGAGGGCUUCGGCGUCCAUCUUCGCCAGGUGGACCUCGCCGACGCCGCCGCCCUCGAGCAGGUCGAGGCGCUCGGCGAGGAUCUCGUCGGCAUCAUGGCCCAGUACCCCGACACCAACGGCGGCGUCGGCGACCUUCGGGCCCUCGGCGACCUCGCCCAUCGCCACGGCACCCUCUUCAGCGUGGCGACGGACCUCUCGGCCCUGACCAUCCUCACGCCCCCCGGCGAGUUCGGCGCCGACGUCGCCUUUGGCAACUCGCAGCGCUUCGGCGUCCCCUUGGGCUGCGGCGGCCCCCACGCCGCCUUCAUGGCCGUCAAGGAGUCGAGCAAGCGACGCCUUCCCGGCCGCAUCAUCGGCCUCUCCAAGGACCGCACCGGCAACCGAGCCCUCCGGCUGGCCCUGCAGACGCGGGAGCAGCACAUUCGCCGCGAGAAGGCGACGAGCAAUGUGUGCACCGCCCAGGCCCUGCUCGCCAACAUGGCCGCCAUGUACGCCAUCUAUCACGGGCCGGCCCAGCUCAAGGAGAUGGCCGUCAACAACCUCCGCUACGCCCGCAUGCUGCAGGCCGCCGCCGGCCACUACGGCCUCGACGUCUCGACCAAGACGCUCGACCCCGACGGCCGCGUCCUGUCCGACACGGUGACGCUUCGCUUCGCGACGCCCGCCGCCUGCUACGCCUUCUACGACGAGCUCAUGAAGCAGUCCAUCAGCGGCGGCAAGUCGCCCACGACCGACGAGAUCCGUCUCGCCGUCCCCGCCACCUUCUCCCAGGACCAGUUCGUGCGCGUCGUCAUGGCCAUGCAGGCCGUUGCCGGCCGCAACGCAGCCGACGACGCCCUCGACGUCGCCUCGCACCAGUGGACGGCCCAGCUCGCGCAGUCGUCGGCGGACCUCGUCAAGGGAAUCCCCGACGCCGUACGCCGAGAGUCGAACUUCCUGACGCAUCCCGUCUUCAACACGCACCACAGCGAGACGGAGAUGCUGCGAUACAUGCACCACCUUCAGUCCAAGGACCUGUCCCUCGUCCACUCCAUGAUCCCCCUCGGCUCCUGCACCAUGAAGCUCAACGGCACCACGCAAAUGGAGCUCAUCGGCGGCGAGGGCGUCUCCAACGUGCACCCGUACGCGCCCGCCGACUCGACGCUGGGGUACCGCAAGCUCUUCAACGCCACGUCGGCCCAGCUCUCGGCCCUGACCGGCAUGGCCGCCACCUCGCUGCAGCCCAACUCGGGCGCCCAGGGCGAGUUCGCCGGCCUCCGCGUCAUCCGCAAGUUUCACGAGCAGCAGCCCGGGAGCAAGCGCGACAUCUGCCUGAUUCCCGUGUCCGCCCACGGCACGAACCCCGCGUCGGCCACCAUGGCCGGCAUGCGCGUCGUCCCCAUCAAGUGCGACGCCGAGACGGGCAACCUCGACCUCGUCGACCUCGAGGCCAAGUGCAAGAAGCACGAGGCCGAGCUGGGCGCCAUCAUGGUCACCUACCCGAGCACCUUUGGCGUCUUCGAGCCCGACAUCCGCAAGGUCUGCGACCUCGUCCAUGCCCACGGCGGCUUGGUCUACAUGGACGGCGCCAACAUGAACGCCCAGAUCGGCCUGACCUCGCCCGGCGCCCUCGGCGCCGACGUUUGCCACCUCAACCUGCACAAGACCUUCUGCAUUCCCCACGGCGGCGGCGGCCCCGGCAUCGGCCCCAUCUGCGUCAAGGACUUCCUCGAACCGUUCCUGCCGAGCAAGCACGACCAGACGCCCAUCUCGAGCGCGCCCUUUGGCAGCGCGAGCAUCGUGCCCAUCAGCUGGGCCUACAUCUCCACCAUGGGUGACGAGGGUCUGCGCAAGGCGACCAAGACGGCCCUUCUCAACGCCAACUACCUUCUCGCCCGCCUCAAGGCGCACUACCCGAUCCUCUACACCAACGACAAGGGGCGCUGCGCGCACGAGUUCAUCAUCGACGCGAGGCCGUUCAAGGCCUCGGCGGGCAUCGAGGUCGUCGACAUCGCCAAGCGUCUCCAGGACUACGGCUUCCACGCGCCGACCAUGAGCUGGCCGGUGCCCGGCACGCUUAUGAUUGAGCCGACGGAGAGCGAGAGCAAGGAGGAGCUCGACCGCUUCGUCGAGGCCAUGAUCAGCAUCCGCGAGGAGAUUCGCGAGGUCGAGGACGGCAAGCAACCGAGGGAGGGCAACGUGCUGCGCAACUCGCCGCACACGCAGGCGGACAUCAUCCUGGGCGACGGUGGCAGCUGGGACAGGCCUUACUCGCGCCAGAAGGCCGCCUACCCGCUGCCGUACCUGCUGGAGAAGAAGUUCUGGCCGACGGUGACGCGCGUCGAUGACACGUACGGAGACACGAACCUGUUCUGCACCUGCCCCCCCGUCGAGGACACGACGCAGCAAUAA